AUGAAGACCGCCACUUUCUCCGUCGUCGCCAUGGCCUCCGUUGCCGCCGCCAUCCCCAUGUGCGCUCCCGACAUGUACCACUGCUUCUGCAAGAUCCCCUCGCUCCAGCAGCACUUCCUCGACUGCGCCUACACCGGCAACCAGUGCGCCAACGAGGCCGAGGGUGCCGAGGCCGUCGCUUUCGGUGUUGACCUUUGCUCUCCCCCCAUCGUCGUCGGCGCUGCUAACGCCAAGGCUGUCUCUGGCCUUCUCGCCGCCGCUGGCCUCGUUGCCGCCCUCAUCUAA